AUUAAUCAGAUCAAUUCAAAUUAAAUAGUCAUCAAGUUGAAAUUAUGAAUAGAUUGACAACUGUGGUGGCCAUGUCAAACGUAAGCUUUCUUAUUUAUGUAUUGAUGAUGUUUUUCUUUUUUACUGUCCCCUCAGCUAGUUCCAAAGGUGACCACAGAGUGCCUAGCAAGCACGUUGCCCUGUUCGUUUUUGGAGAUUCAGUAUUUGAUCCUGGAAAUAAUAACUUUCGCAAUAUUUCCAAUGAUUCCAAGGCAAAUUUCUGGCCAUAUGGGGAGACAUUCUUCAAAUUUCCAACCGGAAGAUAUACUGAUGGCCGAAUUCUCCCAGACUUCUUAUCUAUGUACCUUAGAAUACCAUUGUGGAAACCGUAUUUAGCACCUGGAAAACAUAAUCUCCUCCACGGAGCCAACUUUGCCAGUGGUGGUGCAGCUGUGCUCCCUGAAUAUAGUGUUGAAGGACCGGUUUCCUUCAGCGAACAACUAAGCUAUUUCGAGGAUGUGGCUGGUUUGCUAAAGAAGCAGAUAGGUGAUGAGGAAGCAAAGGAGAUGCUAAAGCGAGCAGUUUACCUAUCUAGCCUUGGAGGCAUUGACAUCUUAUUUAGUGAUGUUUACAUCAAUGGUACUCAAGUACAACGACAGGAACUCAUAAACAUGGUCAUUGGCAAUAUAACUCAAGGGAUCAAGAAAAUAUAUGCAAUAGGAGGGAGGAAAUUUGCAUUCCAAAAUGUUGGUCCGAUAGGUUGCAUGCCAGUAGUAAGACAAAUACUUCUACUAGAAAGUGUCAGUAGUGAUGAAUGUUAUGAAGAUCUAUUAAAUCUGGCAACCCUUCAUAAUGAUGCUCUAGCAAAGGCUAUUAAGGAACUAGAGACCCAAUUGCCAGGGUUCAAAUACUUGAUUUAUGAUUACUACAAUUUACUACUUGACAGAAUAAAAAACCCGUCAGAGUAUGGGUUCAAAGAAGGGUUGAUUGGUUGUUGUGGGAAUGGGACAUUUCGUGGAUAUAGUUGUGGAGUAGAGCCAUAUGAGUUAUGCAGUGAGCCGAGUGAAUAUGUGUGGUUCGAUGGUGGCCAUCCUACUGAACAUGCCUAUGCACAAUUAGCUAAGCUCGUGUGGAAAGGUGGACAAAAGGCUACGAAGCCCUUUAACAUGAAGCAACUAUUUGAACUUGAUUAAACUUACAAAUUAGAUCAUGUUCCAUUUUAUUACUAUUAAUGUUACAAAUAAAGUGGCUGCAGCAAUUAAUAAUGAGUUUUAACUCAGCAAUAACAUGAGGCCUUGAAUUUGAAUAAAAAAGGUAACAAUAGCUAUUAUUCAUGAACCUCUUGUGUAAAAUUUAUCAGUAUAAUAAAAGUAGAUUUUGUUUUUGUUUGAGAA